CAUCCACAUUGCGAUUUAUUAUGACAUCUGCAUAGUUAAUUGUCUAGUCAGUGUUAAGGAUGGCAACUCUUGCACCGUUCUUAUUUGUUUUCUUUUGUUUAUGUUUUUGUUUAGAGCAAUGCGAUGGUGCUAACAUGAUGUCGACCGUUUUGAUGAAACUAAAAGAAAGUCAGUUUAACACCACGUAUAACGGCACCACAUCUUUGGACGAUGCUAUUGUCUAUCGGUAUAGAACAGACAGACUACCAGAGACGGUUGCCGUCCGUAUCAGCACCUUUAGUUCCAAUUCUACUACGGUGUACCCAGUCCUGUUUGUGGUACGGGAACGAUUAAAUGUUCUGUCAUGGCAAAUACCUUUGGUUUUGAGAGACGUGUAUGAAUAUAGUUAUGCUAGUAGGAUCUUGUGCCCAGUUGACCUAAACCGGAACUUGGAUCAAGCUUUUCCUGAGGCGUUCACGGUGACCGUUUCCUCUCAGUCAACAGUUUCUGUGCCAUUCAGUCUAAAGGCAGACAUUCUUGAAGAUUUUACGAUCCAGAUUGGACUCGGUUCACAUCCAAGCAAAUUCCGUAGACAAAACAUGUGCUGUUCUUUCCAUUCAAGAUAUCAAGUGCCCAGUCUUUGACCUUGACUCUGAUGUGGAUUACCAGGGCAAGUACCAAACCAUGACCACAUUUGGGGCGAUCACAGUUACU